CAUUUGUUGUUGACGUUUGACAGCGACAUUGGUUGCACACUAGCAUUCAAUACUGCGAUCGCGUUGAUCGCGCUAAUCAUUCCUUUGCCGAACGACAUACGCGGCGGUUCACGCGGUGAGUCAAAAAUAAAUUUACGCAGUAAACUUUUUUCGCGGCCGAAUUGCAAGCUGCUGGAAGUCGCGCGCUGUGGCUGAUUCGAACGAAUAUACGAUAAGCUGCUGAUAAAAAUUGUAGUGGACUCACGACAACACACUUACGAGUACGCAUGUGUACUAAUACAAACACUCGAAAAUUACGACAUUACCGCGGUAAAUCAGAUAAAGUUAUAUGAGGUCUGAGUAGAGCUUUCAAGAGCUAUCUUCUUAUAAAACCAACGACAUUUCAUCUUAAUCGAGACUACCACGAUGAAUUGGCUGCAUUUGUUUGGUUUGGUCGCGUCGUUUUUGUGGAUUGGCGAUGUUUCAUCGCUAUCACUCGAUCCAGUGGCCUCGGCUGAGCUGGAACAAUACAUCAAAAAGGGAGAUUGUGUUAUUUCAAUGCGACACAUUCGCCCUCGCCGCAAAUUACACAUUUCCAUAGAAGCGCUCUUCAUGAUUGAUUUUCCUACGCUGAAGCAUAAAUUCUCGUUUUUCCUGGAUCGACGUGAGCAGCGAGUGACAUUGGAUAUUAGCGCCAGUGGCAUCACCGAGUCGCUGCAAUUCGCAAUUCCCAAUAUUAAUGAAACGAGUACGAUACGCUCGCUGGCGUUGCACUUCCACAAAAAUCGCAUUGCUCUGCUGGUGGACUGUAAGGAGAGCGCAGCACAUGAGCUGGAUAUGAAUUUGGCGAAAUUGUACAUACAAAUGGAUGAUCCAGUGAUUAAAUUGUUCCGCGAGCGCAAAUACCCGUUGCACUUUGAUGGCAAUGUAGAGAGCGCACUGCAACGUGCCAACUGUCAAAAGGGCCUGAAUCGGCGAGGCAACAGACGCAUCUUGAAGACUAAAGUCACCACUGAACGAGAGAAAAAUAAGAAACGCGACGUACGCAACUUUUACAAUUCAGAUAGCUAUGAACGCUAUACACAACGACAACUGCCGCUGGAUUUCGAACAACGUGGCGAUAUACCAAUGAUGCAUGGCGAUUGUGAAGACGCCCUCGCAAAAUCCAUCAGCGACUUAAUGGCACUGGUGAAGCUGCUGCGCGAAGAUAUCGCCCACCAACGUGAAGAGAUCGCCUACUUGCGCAAACUGCUGGAGAACUGUGUUGGUUGCAAGGAACCCUCGACCAACAACAAUUUACGCAUCGAACCGACUUGUCGCACAUCGAAUCCCUGUUAUCCUGGUGUUGACUGCUUUGAGACCAUGGCGGGCCUGAGGUGCGGCCGCUGUCCAGCUGGCAUGGUCGGUGACGGCAAGAUCUGUAAGCCAGGCGUUACGUGUGCGGAGCGUCCCUGCUAUGUAGGCGUUCAGUGUCACGAUACGUUGAAUGGAGCUCAGUGUGAUGCCUGUCCCAUUGGCUAUGAAGGUGAUGGACGUAGCUGCACCAAACACAAUCCCUGUGUGGAUGGACCUUGUCCCUCUGGUGUAGAGUGCGUUGAAAUGGACUUUCCUCCCUACUUCCAUUGCAUACCUUGUCUACCCGGUACUCAUCUAAACGGCACCAAAUGUCGAGACAUCAACGAAUGCGACCUUUACCAUCCUUGCGAUCCGAAAACAGAGUGUAUCAAUUUGAAUCCUGGGUUUCGAUGUGAACCUUGCCCACUAGGCUUCGACGGAAUUCAUGGUAGAGGCUUCUACUCCGAAUAUAUUGGACCCGAUUUUCGCAAGCAAACCUGCAAUGAUAUUGACGAGUGUUCGAAAGGAUUGGCUAAUUGCCAUGCGUAUUCGGUUUGCGUAAAUACGAUUGGAUCAUACCAGUGCAAGUGUGUUGAUGGGUAUUUCUCCAAUGGCACCAGCAUUUGCUUACCUACAUCAGACAUGUGUCCAGACGGUACUAUUUGCGAUCACAAUGCCUAUUGUCAUCUCGCAGAUAACUUCAAGUACACUUGCAAGUGCAAUGUCGGUUGGGCUGGUAAUGGCUUCAUCUGUGGCCGCGAUCGAGAUUUGGACGGAUGGGUCGAUUUUGACUUAAAUUGCGCUGAUAUACGGUGCAGACGCGACAAUUGUCCCGAUUUGCCAAAUUCCGGGCAGGAAGAUGCAGACAAUGAUGGUAUAGGAGAUGGUUGUGACGAUGAUGCUGAUGGAGAUGGCGAGAAGAAUGACCAAGACAACUGCCCUUUUGAUUAUAAUGACAAUCAGUCAGACUCGGACCAUGAUGGCGUCGGAGAUGCCUGCGACAAUUGUCCGUUUGUGCCGAAUCGGAAGCAAUUGGAUUCGGAUCGCGAUGGCAUGGGCAACGAUUGCGACGACGACAUCGAUAACGAUAAUAUUGCGAAUAUGUACGACAACUGCCCAACUAUGCCGAACCCAAAUCAGUCCGACGGGGACAACGACGGUAUCGGUGACGCCUGCGAUAACUGUCCGACAAUACCAAAUCCAUCGCAGGAGGACAGAGAUAACGAUCUGGUAGGAGAUGCAUGUGACUCGGAUAUUGAUGGAGAUGACGAUGGCAUACAGGACAGCGAAGAUAACUGCAACUCUAUAAGCAAUUCAGAUCAAUUGGAUACGGAUGGAGAUGGAAUAGGAGACGCUUGUGAUGAUGACAUGGAUGGAGAUGGGGUUCCAAAUCAUCGCGACAAUUGCCCGCUGGUCAGGAAUCCCGAUCAAACAGAUUUAAAUCGCAAUGGAAAAGGUGACAUUUGCGAGUACGAUGAGGAUGAGGACGGCACACCCAACUUCAUUGAUAACUGUCCGAACAACUCAAUGAUAUAUUCAACUGACUUCCGCACAAUCCGUUCGGUAAUACUCGAUCCCGAGGGUGAUGCGCAGCGCGAUCCCAAUUGGGAAGUGCAUGCUAAUGGCUCUGAGAUUGUUCAAACUCUCAACAGCGAUCCAGGCUUGGUGGUUGGACACGAUGCUUUUGGUGGUGUGGAUUUUGAAGGCACAUUCUACGUCAACGAUGACACAGAUGACGAUUAUGUUGGUUUCAUAUUUAGCUAUCAAAGCAACCGCAAGUUCUAUGUAGUGAUGUGGAAGAAAGCCGCACAAACUUAUUGGGAAUCAACGCCUUUCCGUGCUUCAUCAGAACCUGGUAUACAAAUCAAGUUGGUCGACAGCAUCACUGGACCUGGCUCAAUGUUGCGUAAUAGCCUUUGGCAUUCGGGCGAUACACCGGAUCAAGUCAAGCUGCUGUGGAAGGAUCCAUUGAAUGUGGGUUGGAAGGAGAAGACUUCCUAUCGCUGGUCGCUGGUGCAUCGACCGGCUAUAGGUUUGAUUCGCUUGAGAAUGUACGAAGGCGAACAUUUAGUCUUGGACUCACACAAUGUGUACGAUUCCACGUUAAAAGGAGGACGCCUCGGAGUUUUCUGUUUCUCACAAGAGAUGAUUAUUUGGUCGGAUUUGAUAUAUAAAUGCAACACGCGUGUUCCGGGUCUCAUUUACAAUGAAUUACCACAUACACUGAAGCAGAGAGUGGAAGUGGACAGAUAGGUGCUGCGUUUGGUGAAAAAUAUGUCAAGAUCAUAGACGUGCUAAUGUUGGACUUAUUUGUGCUUUGAUGUUAGUAAAUACUCUAUUGCUUUGUUGAACGUAUGUAUUAUUACUGGCACCUUAUAUGCAUGUACCAUUAGUACUCGGAUGUCCUUUUUCUAAUACUCCGAUAACUGAAAAUAUUUUUUAUGUUACAAUAGGUCACAAUGUAAGUUAAGAAGAUGACUAAAUAAAUUAUUAAAUACUUUUUUUAUAAAAUACUA